UUGAUGAAUAUCAAUGUAGACAUUUAGACCAGUGGCUGGAGAGUCCAGUACUGAGGACAAUUUGAGAUGAGAUCAGAUUUUAUAGCUCUACAACACCAGAACGUUCUAGGCCUCUUUCUAGUUGCCCCAACUGGGAAGGUAGAAUUGAAGAAGGCAAAACAAUGAGGACAUCAAGUAAAAAAAUGACGAAUUCUGUUUCAAGUGAUUCUGCUAAUCCAGCUGAAAGGGAAACAGAUGAAGUGGUUCUGAGGAGAAGACAAAAACAGAUCAAUUUUGGAAAGAAUACCCUUGCGUAUGACAGAUACAUUAAAGAAGUUCCAAAGAAUCAGCGAAUACCAGGAGUUCAUCCUAGAACUCCCAACAAAUUUAAGAAGUACAGCCGUAGAUCCUGGGACCAGCAGAUCAGGCUGUGGAAGAUAGCACUGCAUGCCUGGGAUCCUCCUACUGAAGAAACCUGGGAUCUGCAGCCAGUAAGUACAGAACCCUCAGGCAGUUCCCAGGAGUGGUUCUGCAAAGAUCAGGAUGUUUCUUGCUCCUUUGUAUUUGACGAAAAGCAGAAGAGAAAUGAGUGUGAAGAUGAAUGCAGACAGACUGACUACACACUGGAGAGUCCGUGUUCUCCCGAUUCUUCUCCAGUAUGGAAACGCAGAAAAAGAAACAAUUCUGACUCCUCUGUGGUUUCAAAGAGCAAAAACCAUUAUUUGCAUAUGUACCACACACUGGAAAGUCUUACUGAAUCAGGACAUCAGGAGGCUUUUUCACAAUGCUCAGAGUGGGAAGCCUUUGGUGAAAAUGAUGAAGUAAUGACAGUACAACAUGGUAUAGAAAUAACAAGUGACCCGAUUCCGGCCAGUUGCUCUUCUGGAUGGAACAAUCAGAAACAGAAGAAACCCAAUUUCAUUCUGCCUGACAGUAAAACUUGCAGAGAUAGAGACUGCAGACUGGAGAGGCUUAAACUUUGUAGCAGUUUAUUGGAAGAACAUCAGUCAGAAUACCCUGAAAGGGGAUGGGAAAGUGCAAGUGCUGAAGAUAGAAUAAUGAGGAAAAAAAUUUAAAUACCAAGUCUUUCUUUGUAUAUAGAAGUAUUGAAGAAGAAGGACUUUCUCCUGUGACAGAAAAUGAUUUGAAGAAUAGGGAUGUAGUCUGAGAUCAGCAGAUCAAGUCUUGGAAAACUGGUGCAGUCACAUAAGAUCUGCACUGAAAGAGGAAGAGAUUUACAGUCAGCAUAUGUGCAAUCAACAUAAGGUGAAAUGUGCAGGUUUCUCCAGAUCUUCAAGGAUAGAUUGUUUUCUGCAAGAUCUGCCUCAAGUGUAAAACUUCAGAUUUCAUUAGGCCUGUGCUGCAAUGAUGAUGGAUGCUUUUGUGAGAAUGUUUCUGCUGUACCUGCAUCACAUUGUAAAGGCUGCUUCAGUUGAUGGAUCCUGCUGUUGCCAUUUGGAGAUCAUGCUACUUAGAGUGCACUAAUGUUAUGCUGGUGAAUUGGUCCAAUAUCGAGUCAAACUGAAGAAUGCCACCCCUUAAACAAAGGAGUUAAACCCUGUUUCCUCUGCUGGACCAGAACUGUACAUCCAACCUGAAGAACUGCUUGAAAAGAAUGUAGAUAAUUUCAACCUUUCUCCCAUUGUUAAAGACAAACUGUUCUUAGCUUUUGGAUUGGGUGAUCAUCCAUUUGGCUUAUUUACCGUUCUCUGAGAUAAGAUAUAUUAAGCUAGCAUUUGUCUAAGCCUAGUGAGAGAAGAGAAAGAAAAGGUAGAUGGUUUAUCAAAAUCAGAUUCCUCUCUUUAAGGGGAUGAGUGACAGUUUGAACAGCAACACAGCCUAAAUACCUGGAUUUUGCUGUUACGUGUGGUGCAGCCUGACCCGAAGAGCCAAUCUACUGCUAAGAGUGUAAGAGGAUGUGUUCAGUGCCUGCUGUUCCUACAGGAAUUGGAGGUGAGCAGCAGUAUUUGCAGGUUUGGAGCUGUUCUUGGUCAUGGGGUGUCCAGGCUAAGGGUUGUGAUGGUGUUGAGAUAGGCUCUCCUUUGUUUUACUCUUCUUGUGCUGUGCUCAGAAGGUCAAAGCGAGGGCUGUGGCUACAGUGGAGUUUAGCCCAGAUUCGUGUGCCAGUUACAGGAUUUUUUUUACAGUCCUUGGGGCAUUUUAUGUAGCAUGUACUGGGAUACAAAUGUCUGUUAGAGCUGGGAAUUGUCUCUUUGCAGGAGUUCGGUUUGGCUUUUCGCAAGGCCACUGCAGAACUGUGGCAGUGCUAGGGAUGACACACAGCAGCCUUGCUGUGGGGCUGGUAGUAUACCCAAGGGCCAAAAGCCCAUUGUGCUACUGAUGUGGAAGUAAGCUGCUUCCCCAGAAACUACUCCCAGUCCCUUCUGAAACAACAUUUCCAGGCAUGUUCCGGCAUGGGGUUCAGUAGUGUCCCAGCACAAGGGUGGCUCAGUCACACACCACAGAGCACGGAGUGUGUGUAUACAAGGAACACAUCUGUACAGCACUUUUUUAAGAAGUAAUAUUUAGAACCUUGUUGUUCCAGUGUGCAUGCUUUCAUGUGGUUUAUGAUGAUUGUAAAUAAGGGAAUGUGUUACAUUUUUGGCAUUUUGUCUUAAUGCAGAAGAAUUAAAGACUUUAA